AUGGGACAUUGGGCCGAUCUCUUUGGGCCGGACUCGGAAAGGCUAUCUACUGGCCUGCCCGUUCCAAGUCGGGAGUUGAAUAGCGGAGGAGACUGCGUGAGGCUGGUUUCACAGAGCAGCGUCCACCUCCCGCUUUCGACGGUGGAAGGAUUACGGGCCGGUGCCUCCCGAGCCCACUAUGACCCAAUAAGCCGGCUCCAAUUGGACCAUCUCUUUUUUUUAUCAGUAGUCGUCGCCGUGGACAGGCUCUUCCACAACAAGCUCUACAAUCGCUACGUUAAGCGCACUUCCAAGUUCAUGGCUCACGACGAGAAAGACUCCUGCAACAUUGGCGAUCGAGUGAAGUUAGAUCCUUCGAGGCCGUUGAGCAAGAAUAAGCAUUGGGUUGUUGCUGAGAUCAUCAAGAAAGCUCGCAUCUAUUCUCCAUUGCUGACUCUACUGCUCCAUCCUCUACCUCUUAAGGUGAUUGAUUACUCCUUUGCUCUUGCGCUUAACAGUUUUAAACCUCUGCUACUGAAUUUUGAUUAGAAACAUGAUAUAAUGCUGAGCUGGUUUCAACUUGGAAGCUAGUUUUGUCUUGUCUUUAUGCCUCUCUUGUAGACAUCUUGUGGAUCUUAGUGAAAAUAUGCAUCUUGUUAGUAGAUACUUCAACCAUUUGAUCACUUUACAAUAUAUAAUUGGAUUGAUAUGUUAGUACAUUUUGCGUCUUUUUUUUCUUCGCCUGACAUAAAACAUUUUGAGGCUUAUUAUUAUUGUUCAGUGACAGUUUAGGCUUUGCUGUGUAAUCUUUAUUAGGUAACGGACAUGCGUCUUGUCUAUUCAAGAGUGGAAUCGAAAGUCUGUUGCUGAUUUUGCUACGGCAAUUAAAAUUGGAAUACAAGUCUCAUAUGGUCAGAAAAGGUAUUUGCACCAACUAAUCCUACUGUUUUGAUUAAUUAGGUGAAUGGCCUUGGUACCAAACUUCGAUAAAAACUCAAGUUCUUUUGCAAAUUUUAAACAAAUAGCAUGCUAAUGUUAUCAACCUGGCGAUGAAUUUAUCCAAUUUCGCAAUAGUAGUAACUCAUGUAUUUUAUUU